UUCGUUGAUCAUCGUAAAAGAUAUUCACGAUCUUCCCGCUCACUAAAGAUUAUUCUUAUAUCGUACUAUAUUAUGAUAUCGUGGUACGCGCCACCAUAUUAUAUGCGUAGAUAUAAAUAAUGGGGUGUGCAUCUUUAAACUUUUUCACAAAUGUAUUUUUUUGUUAAGCAGUUUCUAUAAAUCCUUUCGAUCAUUUUAUUAUGUUGUGUGCAAUUGUGUAUUAAAAAUUUGUAGAACAUAUCGGGUUAAUUAAUACUUUGUUGACUGUCAUUUGCUACACUCGAAUGAGUCGUAUAUAAAUUUGAAAAAUUUAGUGAUAGAGUGAGAUUUUACGAAGAAUGACAUAUAAAAGAUAAACAAUGUCGAGUGUUACUUUGUUAUUAUCAUCGAUUUUUUGUAAGGAAUUACAACAACAUGAACAAGAACAGAAUGAAAAUACUACGAUAAUUGGAGGUUAGGUUCGCGUUGUUCUAAAUAUAUAUAGAUUGUGCAUAGUACCGUUGACUAUUGUGUUAGACAAUAGAUGUGAGAAUGAUAGUGUAAUAUUAAACUUUGUACUAAGCACGUGCAUUAUGUCAAGUUUAAGAAGGUAAAUUGUUUGUAUGUUAAUGGUCAUGAGAUCCAACGAUCUUUGUGUAUAUCUACUUUCUUACGUUUAUGGUGUGGUCCUGUCUUCGUUAACAUAAAUAUUCAAAACAUGGCAGAUAGAGAUUUUGACAUGGGUCCUGCUACGGAGAUGAUGGUAAAUGAUUUUGAUGAUGAACGAACACUAGACGAGGAAGAAGCAUUAGAAGGUAGUGAGGAUUCGCACAACGAGUUGUCCAAUUUACAAAAGGAAGGUGAUAUGCCUUUGAAAGAUCUGCUUGCGAUGUAUGGAUACGGAGAUCCCUCUACUGAGAAUUCGAACAGCUCAGAUCAAAUGUUACUUCCAACUGGAAACGGCGAUCCAGAAGGAGAGGAUCGAUAUUCGGACAAGGGUGACAAUGAUGCGGAUGAUGACGACGAUGACGACGAAGCUGACGCCACUAGCAACGAACCUGACCUUAAACAAUUUUAUACCGAGAUGCUAGUGAAAAGCAAAGAUUGCAAGUCAUCUGUGUCAGGACAUACAGGAAAAGGAAGUAACAGCGCGAAUACCACUGAUUGUGCUAAAAGACACCGAAUCGAUGACGAAGAGGACGAUGACGAAGAAGUAGAAGGAGAAGAAUGUCCACUGAUGAAUGAUCGCAGUGGCAAUGGAAGUACAGGAGUAAUGCAAGCAACUGGAAGUAGAAAUUCUUCUUGUUCUGGUAUUGCAUCGCGUGUUGGUUGCUCAACAGGUAACGGUGGUAAUGGAGGAGAAGGUAACAGUGGUGGUGCUGCUGCUGACGGAGGAGAAGAUGGACUAGUUAGUGCUAGUAUUGGUGGUGGUACUUCAAGACUUUUACGAAGUGUAUCACGACCGCAAAGUGAAGAAGAAGAAGACGAUUGUGAUUAUAGUCCGGACGAAGAAGAGUGGAAAAAGACAAUCAUGGUUGGUAGCGAUUAUCAAGCAGCAAUACCAGAAGGUCUUUGUCGAUACGAUGAUGCAUUGCCUUAUGAAAACGAGGAUAAAAUGCUUUGGGAUCCUAGCCAUAUACCAGAGGAGGAAACGGAAGAGUUCUUAGAACGAGCGCAAUUGCCAGCAAUGAAAACAGGCUCGUUACCCGCAGGUUCUCACAUCAGAGACGACGAACAAGCCUUAUAUCUGUUAUUGCAAUGUGGUUACAACUUAGAAGAAGCAUUACGAAGACGUAGAAUGAAUGUUAUUCCGUCGACAGAUGCUGUUAGUUUGUGGUCAGAAGAAGAAUGUCAUAAUUUUGAAUCCGGUUUAAGAAGUUACGGAAAAGACUUUCAUCUUAUUCAAAGGAAUAAGGUGAGAACAAGAUCCGUCGGAGAAUUAGUGCAGUUUUAUUAUUUAUGGAAAAAGACAGAGAGACACGAUAUAUUCACGUAUAAGGCUCGUUUAGAGAAGAAAAAAUAUGCUUUACAUCCUGGUAUCACCAGGGACUAUAUGGACCGAUUUCUCGAGGAACAAGAGGGUGUUCGUGAUCGUAGCAGUUCGCCGAAUGUUCACUGUUUGUUGUACGGCGAUGCGAAACGGCAAAGGUCCAAUGCCGGAACAACAAACAAUGACGAUUCGAAAUCUACGGAGCCUUGGGUUUGCAACGCUGCUGAUGCACCUUUCACGGAUAUGCUUCGGAUGCCUCAAUCGGUUACACCACCUCCGCCACCACCACCGCCACCACCACCACCGACUCCACUAACAGCCUCUAUGUCAGCGACGAUAUCAAACGCAAAUGCUAUGUUGACAUCUACCUAUUGUUCAUCGGCAUCGCGACAAUCCGAUUGCUUGUCAUCCGAAUCGAGUUGUGGCAACUCGCUUGCGUGGUCCAAUACAGGCACGCGAUCUCAAUCUACCUCUUCUGUCAUGGUGACGAAAAGCGUUAAUACAACCACCGCAAUGACUUUAACGACGACCGUAACGACGAUCGGUACGAUGAGCACAAUUACGACUAGUUCUAGUUCCGCCUCGACUACAACCUCCAACAAUUUUUAUCAUCAGCGAGUCUCAUCGUCAUCCAGAAGUAACGAUUCGCACGAUUCACCCUCACCAGAGCACAUUUUACCGCAUCUGCCUCCUUAGCGUCUAACACGACCCUUGGGUUCUCUUCGAGAAAGGUGGCGUAUGUCUUUACGUAUUCGGAUUGAUCGGACACUCACUCCAUUACUAUCGUCGUAAUAUUUGUUAGUAUCACGAAUUAUAUUUUUAUACUAUACCGUAAUAUGAUUAUCGAUCGUUCUUAGCGCGAGUGAGCCGGUGAAAUGUGAGACGAUGGCGCAUACUAUGUAAAGAAAGAUAUGAGAUAUCUUUUAUGGAAGAUAUAUUCAGGAGACAUGGUGUUCAUGCGAGGAACUGUGUAAAUUAACAGUUCAGCAUGGGUUUAUAAAUACAACACGUUGAAUUGAUACAAUUAUCUAGCUUCUACCUAUUUAUAUAUUUUAUAUUUUCUAUGUUGUUGCUGUCGUAAAUAGUUCAACACUUCGAAUUAAUAAUUCCUCUCUCACAGAAACUACAUUUCAUUAUGAAAUAUCUCUAGGAAUGUGCGAUCAAGAUUAAAUUACAGUCAAGUACGAGUAUGUAAGUUCAGCACGUUUAAGCGUACAUUUGUAAGUUGAUUAUCCCGACCAGAACGUCUAUUUUCACCUGGCACCCAACGCGCGAGAGUGCAGUCGCGUUGUACGAUAUUUCCGUCUGACCGAAAGAGAUCUUGUCAGACGUUUAUAAUGAACAGAUUAAACAAAAAUACUUCAAA